ACGCGCCAAAAAAAAAACCGACUGGCAACGCUAUAGUCCAUAAAAAACAGCGUUUGCCAACACUAAAUCUCGCCUUAGCCGAUUUUCCACUUUUAAACACUGAAGUAGCUAGAUAGCCUUUUUUAGCACAGUUUUGCAACACUAAAAACUGAACGUUAUCGCUAACACAUGUUCGCAAAGCAGCACCGACAACAAUAAUAGAGCAUAUGUUGUAAACUAUUUAUUAAAAUAUAUGUAUAUAUAUGUAAAUAUAUAUCUAUGCAAAAUUGCUGAUAAGGAAUGAUCAAUUCUCAGUGAAUUUACCGAAUUCUCUUACCCCUUUACCGUUAGAAGUGGCAACAAUAAAGCAAUAAAUUUGACAAAGAUACGUUUUUAAUUGAAAUUUAUUCAUUGUGUGUGUUUGAGUGUGUUUUCGCGACCAUUGGGGGUUGGUGAGUGGCGUAGAUUUGUCGUCGUUUCCGUUCUCUCUCUUAGUGCCCCCUGUUAUUUGUCCACAAAAUCCAUCAUUGAAUUAAUCGGAGAGGCCGAGGCAGCAAAAAAAAAAAAAAACUAUAACCAUGUUAAUUGAAAGCAAUAAAUGUGCCUAAAACAUUCGCAUUGACCUCAAACGUUCAAUAGAAGGAGACGAGUGCAAAACAUACAAGCUCCCAAUUCAACCAAGCGAAAUGGAGGACGAACUUAGUCUGGACCUAAAUAAUGAAAAGAAGGUUUUGUGCGAGAAGAUUAUCAGGGAUAUUAAUGCAGUGUUUCUGCGGGAUGCCGAUUUGGCGUCGUUUGAGAUCAUACCCAAGGAAACGAAUUGCAAUAAAUCGCCUGUAAUUCAUGUGGAUCACAAUCUUGGACUGGAGUCAUGGUGUGCCCAGCAUGUGUACGAUCAUGCGCAUCGUACACUCAUCUCACAUCGUCGUCAGACCUGUCAGCAACAAUUAAGGAUACUGCAACAGCAGCAGCAGAGCGACACCUUGGCCAAGUAUCUAAAUGUGGCGCUUCUAAUCAAUCCAGAUGUGACCACAUUUUGGCAUAUACGUCGCCAGCUUGUACAAAAAAACCGUUUGAGCAUUAACAAGGAACUGCAAUUCUCUGCUCUGGUACUGUCCAUUAAACCCAAAUCAAAUGAGGCAUUUGCUUACCGUCGCUGGCUGUAUUCCUUUCAAAGUGCCGAUGCCAUUGAUUGGCCCCAUGAAAUCAGCAUUUGUGAACGAUCAGCAGAUCGUUGUGCCAGCAACUAUCAUGCCUGGUCCCAUCGCCAAUGGGUGCUGCAGAAUGCCCCUUGUUUGCUUCAAUCGGAAUUAAUGCGCACCGAGAAAUUCAUGCGUAAACAUAUUAGCGAUUACAGCUGCUAUCACUAUCGUCAAGUGCUACUGAGUCGGGCAUAUGAGUUGUGCUUCUUUAUGCCCGACAAAUUUGGUAGCCUUCUCGAGCUCUUCAAGCAAUAUGACUUGCAAGUGGAGGCCAAUGAGAAGAGUGUUUUCCAAUUAUUGCUACCGCAAAUAAAUCAAAAUAGCAUUAGUGAUCAGCGUAUGCGUUCCUUUUUGUAUUGCUGCAAUGUGGCUGCCCAUGAUAUGCAUUUGUGUGCACAACAGCGACGAGUCUAUGGGCCACGUGACUGUUUUGAUUUACAUCGAAGAGCAUCGCUUAAAUUCAUUGUGGAACAAUGUGUGCGUUUGGCUAGUGGAUUAAAUCUAGAGCAUGGUGGUCUCUACUUGCCGGAACAAAAACACGAAUUGCGAACCCAUCUUAGCCAAUUUAAUUUCGAGAAACAUCCGUUUUUGGACGCAAUACGAAAAGCAGAAUCACAUUUGGGUGAUAGACAUCAACGUUGGUGCAAUUUGCAUUUGAAUUUUAAUUAUCCAGAUGCUGUGGGUGUUUAGAAUAAUUCAUUCUGCCGGAAGUGGAGGCUGUUUUGUUUGUUACGAUAUAUUUAAACGCACAUAUUCCUGAUCAAAUUGUAUGCUAAGACUUCUUUCAAUGAGAAAAUGUAGAAUUGUUGUACAUAUGUGUAUAUAUACUAUAUUAUAUACAUACACGCUCCUCCUUUGGAAAGAUUGUCAUCCAAGAUAUACAUUUUUCCCUUAAUUUUCUAUCUAUCACUGUAAAUCAUCUCGUUGACACAAUUAUGUUUUUUGUUUUUACAAAUGAAUGAGAGGUCUUUUUUUUUUUGAUAUAAAAACAAAUCGAACCUUGUACCCACUUGUUAAGCUCAAAUGUUAUUAAUAUAAAAUACUAUCAUUGUAUGUGUGAGAUGGCACGCGCGUGUGUUUCUGCGUGUGUGUGUGUGAAUGUUUAAACUUGUUAUUAGACAGUAAUUGAAAUUGAAAGAAAAAAAAGGAACAAUUACUCAAUUUUUAGUAAAAUUCUUAGCAAACUAUAUAUAUAAUAAUUAAGGACAAAGACAUUUAAAUGGAGAAGAAAAACACACACAUUUAAAGACGUUAACACAAAAUCAUCUACUUUAGAGUCCUAAGAGUUCCCCUAAAGAAAGAGUCCAAUCGAUCCAAAGAAAUAAUUUAAAAUUAAUAAUAAUAAAACGCAACAACUGCCAUGGCGAUCGAUUGAUUGUAUUAAGGUAAACAGGCCAAAUUAGUAAAUUCUAUAGCAUCCAAUCAUAUAUAAAUAAUAUUAAACAUUUCAUAAGCCAUGACAA